GACUGUGACACGCUGCGUAACAACGUCUCCAACCUCGCCUUCCCAGCAAAUGGAUCCUUCAGAGCUUUCCAGCGCCGCUGCGUCCUCCUCCUACCACCUUUCUGAACCCCCGUGGCUGCGCAUCCGCCUCGAUCCCGGGUGACAAUGGCGACGGCUAGGCUCCAGAGCUUCGCACAGAAGCCCCGCGUCUUCAUCCUCAGCGACAUCUCCAACGAGCCCGACGAUGCCGAGAGCCUGUGCCGGUACCUCUUGUACGCGAACCAGUUCCAGACAGAGGGACUGGUCGCGUGCACGAGCACCUGGAUGAAGAACAAGGUGUGCCCCCAGGACAUGCACAAGAUCAUCGACGCAUACGAGGGCGCAGUGGACACCCUGAACAAGCACGCCCAUCCGGACGCGCAGUACCCCUCGGCUGCGUCGCUGAGAGGCCUGAUCAAGAAGGGUCCCGAGACGUACGGCAUGUCGGCCGUCGGCACCGACGUCCCCCUCUCUCAAGGCGGCGAGCUCCUCCUUGAACGCAUCCUCGCACCCUCGCUCCAGCCGCUCUGGAUCCUCUGCUGGGGCGGGACCAACGUGCUCGCCUCCGUCCUGCUGAAGAUCGACGAGAAGUACACCCCCGAAGACUCGGCCCGUCUGCUCUCCCGCUUGCGGGUUUACGCCAUUUCCGACCAGGACGACACUGGCGCUUGGAUUCGCAACAACUUCUCCGACAUCUUCUACAUCGCCUCGGUGCACGGCUGGAACCAGUACGGCAUGGCGGCCUGGACGGGAAUAAGUGGCGACAAAUACUACGGCUUCGACCAGGGCGGACCGGACUUCAGCAAGAUGGAGAAGAGCUGGAUCAAGGAGAACAUUCAGGUCGGGCCGCUAGGAAGUGCGUACCCAGACUACAUGUUCAUUCCUGAAGGCGAUACGCCCACCUUCUUGUAUCUCAUACAGAACGGCUUGGGAAGCUCCGAGUUCCCGGAAUAUGGCUCGUGGGGUGGGCGAUAUGCGCGAACAGACAUCAGCGCCGAUGGCCUGAACAGCAACCACUACAGUGAUGCCGUGGACCGAGUCAAAGGCCUGGACGGAAGAAUCCACACAAGCAACCAUGCGGCCAUUUGGCGAUGGCGAGAUGCUUUCCAGGACGACUUCGCCGCGCGCAUAAAAUGGACCCUGGAGCCCGAUUUUGCCAAAGUCAACCACCACCCUGUGGUCGCCGUCAACGGCAAGUUUGGUCUGGAGCCACUGCGCCUGGAGGCUGAAGCUGGCGAGAGUAUUACGCUGGAUGCGUCGGCGUCCUACGACCCGGAUGCGAACGACAAGCUGACGUUCAAAUGGUGGCACUACCGCGAGCCGACGGCAACACAGUGGUGGGUGGAGGCCGAAGUUUCCGAGCUCGUUAUCAAGCCUCUGGAUGCGAACAGCUCAAAGAUCGAAGUCGUGUUGCCGCCAGCUGAGAAGUGCGCCGUGGAGCUAAUGAGCAGGCAGCCGAUGGCGAAGGGGCAGCAGCUUCACCUGAUACUGGAGGUCACAGACAAUGGGACGCCAGCGUUGACGACGUAUCGGAGGGUGGUGAUCCAGGCGACGAACAAGGAUCUGAAGGGAGGAGGCAAAGGCGCCGAUGCUAUUGGGGAUAUAAUGGCAGCGCAUUCGUAGAAUGGUGACGCGACUUGAGCCUGACGUUGCGGCGCCCGGAAGAUCUGGCCCUACUACAUUUCGUAGCGUCAAAUCAACUGGUACGGUGCAGUAAGGUGUCGCCUGAACCCCUUUGUAGACAUGCCCGUUUUAUCCAUCCUGUAGAUCCGAAGCUCGCGACUGCACCUUGCAGUUCGUCUCGUCCAAGAUGUAAUGCGGAU